AUGGCCGCCGUUUCCACGGCAACCGCCAGUCCCAAAAGGCCGCGACCCGGAAGAAACCGUACCUUACAGGGACGGACCGCCGAGUCGAGAUUGACUUCCGGGUCACGGCGGCGCAGGCUCUCACGUGGAGGCAGGGAACAUUGGCCUUUGGGAAUGAUCACUAAGGCUCACAAAGGAGAGGUGGACCUUGGGCUCCCAGAAAAAAAGAAGAAGAAGAAAAAGAAAGUGGUUAAAGAACCAGAGACCCAAUACUCGGUUUUAAACAGUGACAAUUAUUUUGCAGAGGUUUGUCCAAGAGUCACACCACCCUUGAAGGAUGUGAUCCAAGAGCAGGCACCCAAAAUGCCUCUUGUGAAGAAAAAGAAGAAAAAGAAGGGUCACAGCACCGUCUGUGAGGAGCACCUUGAACCUGAGAUCACAUUAUGUGUUGGACGGACUGAGCGGUCACACAGCCCCAGGACGCAGGCACCUGGUCUGUCUGAGUCCCUCAGUGCGGAGAGGAAGAAGAGGAAGUCCAUGUCCCCCGGCUCAAGGGUGAAGACCUCUCCAGACCCCAGACAGGACGAGGAAGUGACCAGAGCUGGCAAGAAGCUCAAAAAACACAAGAAGGAGAAAAAGGCCAAGGAAGCUACAGCCUUCUCAGGCGGGGAUCCUUGGUUCUGCGAGGCCGGGAAUGCAUUGUAUACUCACUCAGUUGGGAAGGAUGGCGUCUGGGAGCAGGCCAUCUCGGGACAGAAGCGGAAGCAAGGGAGUCCCAGGGAACACAGCGUGAAGAAGAAGAAGAAGAAGAAAAUCCACAGGGAGGGAGAUCCCCCGCUGGGGCACCCUGACUGCUCCUGGUCCCUGGAGAGCAGCCCUACGAAAGGAAGUAAAAAGAAGCCAGUCAGAGUUGAAGCUCCAGAAUACAUCCCCAUAGGAGAUGGCCCCAGGGCCUCUGUGAAGAAGAAAGUGAAGUCCAAGAAAAGGGUGGAGCAGGCGGACACCGAGGAGUCAGCUCUGAAGAGGAAGAAGAAGAAGAGGCAGGAGAGCAAAGCAGCAGAGCCGCCUUGGGAAGAGGAGCCCGACACGGACUUGGAGGUGGUGUUAGAGAAGAAGGGCAACAUGGACGAGGCGCACAUAGACCAGGUGAGGCGGAAAGCCUUGCAAGAAGAGAUUGAUCGUGAGUCGGGUAAGACGGAAGCUUCUGACACCAAGACCUGGACAGGAACCCAGUUUGGCCAAUGGGAUACUGCUGGUUUUGAAAACGAGGAACAGAAACUGAAAUUUCUCAAACUCAUGGGUGGCUUUAAAAAUCUGCCCCCUUCCUUCAGUCGCCCCUCCACCACGGAGGCCAGGCCCAACAUGGCUCUCAGCAAGAAGGCGGCCGACACCCUGCAGCGGAACCUGCAGCAGGACUACGACCGGGCCCUGAGCUGGAAGUACAGCCGGGGGGCCGGGCUCGGCUUCGCCGCCGCCCCGGCCAAAGUCUUUUAUAUUGACAGGAACGCAUCCAAGUCAAUCAAGUUUGAAGAUUAA